GUUUUAGUAGCUAGAGCUUCUUCGUUGUGAGGUAGGCCGCCAACAGGGCGCUUUCUUGGAUCUCGUGAAGAAGAAGCUGUUAGAUUGGGAUCCAAUGCGAUUUUCUUCGCGUUCUAGCGAUCGAUCUUCAAGCUCUGGCGACGAAUCGAGGUUAAUCUCGUGAAAUAUUCCAGGCUCUCCAGUCCGGCACGAUGAUCCCGAGAUCAUGGGGAUCUCGCCUCUCGAUCUCGCUUCUCCUCAUCAAUUUGGCAGCGAUUAUGGAGAAAGCCGACGAAUCGCUCCUGCCGGCCGUGUACAAGGAAGUAGCGCAGACAUUCCAUGCCACUCCAUCGGAGCUAGGGGCUCUCACUUUCAUCCGGGCCCUGGUCCAAGCGAUAUUCUCCCCGGCGGCAGGGAUCUUGUCGAUGCGCUACAAUCGUCCGGCAGUGAUUGGCCUGGGCACGAUCUUUUGGGCAUUCUCCACCGCCGCCGUGGCCUUCUCCCAGAAUUUCUCCCAGUGCGCGUGGUCCAGGGCCGUCAAUGGCAUCGGUCUCGCCAUCGUGAUCCCCGCAACGCAGUCUUUUAUCGCGGAUAGCUACUUGGAUGGUGGUAGAGGCGUCGCGUUUGGAUGGCUCAAUCUGGUGGGAUCCUUGGGGGGGAUUGGGGGAAGCAUGGCCGCGACUAUCAUGGCCGGCUAUGAGAUUGCUGGAAUGCCUGGAUGGCGCUUCGCGUUUAUCCUCAUGGCUUUGCUCAGUGCUUUCAUCGGGUGGCUGGUUCAUCAGUUUGUCAUCGAUCCAAGAGGGGGAUCAAGCCUUCCGUCUUCGAUGCUUCGGAGUGAGAAGGAGAUGAAAGCUCUCCCAAACAUUUGGAGGGACUCCUUCUCUGCGAUCAACAACAUCGUGAGGGUACGGACUUUUCAGCUGAUAGUCUUGCAAGGACUUGUUGGAUCAUUUCCUUGGACAGCGAUGGUGUUCUUCACAAUGUGGUUCCAACUUAUUGGCUUUGGACACAAAGGAGCAGCAAUGCUAGUCGGACUCUUCUCCAUGGGAAAUGCCUUUGGCGCUCUCCUCGGUGGCUGGAUCGGUGACCAGGCGGCUCGGAGAUAUCCAAACUCGGGCCGGAUUAUGUGUGCGCAGUUCAGCUCGUUCAUGGGAAUCCCAUUCUCGUGGCUGCUGCUCCACGGACUCCCGCAAGAACCAGGUCUCUGGUACGCCUUCGCAGUUACUCUCGUUUGCAUGGGACUUAUCAUCAGCUGGAACCAAGCUUGUGCCAACAAUCCCAUGUUUGCAGACGUGGUUCCUCCCAAGCACAGAACGAUGAUUUACGCUUUCGACCGGGCCUUUGAGGGAGCUUUCUCGGCCAUGGCCGCUCCUCUCGUGGGAAUUCUGGCCGAGCAAGUCUAUGGAUACAGGCGAGGAGUGAUUAUCACGGAAGUUGGCUCCAGAGAGGAAGCCAUUGCUCUAUCCAGGGGACUGUUUGCGAUGAUGGCUAUACCUUUCGGGAUUUGCUGCCUCUCCUACACUCCCCUUUACAGGACUUACAAGCUCGACAGGCUCAGGCCGAUGGGAGCUCAACACCAGAGUGACUUUGAAUCGAGUGAAAAGAUGACUGAUCAGGAAGGGUGAUAACUUACUUGGUCGACGCAAAAGGAUACAGCGUUGGCAAGCCAACUGUAAGAUCCUUCUCUGUUACAGUAGUACUGUAAUAUGAAUCAUUUUAACACCAAA